AUGCAUUUACUUCUAACUUUAUGUGUAUUUUUCGUGCAUAAUCGUGCAUUGAGAGGUCAGACUGUUAAUGAGUUAACAGGUGGUAUGCUAUUUCCAUAUGAAAAUGAAUUUCGACAAGUUCGCUCGUUAGAUAGUAUAUGGACAUUUAAACUAGAUGACAAUAAUACUGGUAUUGAUGAAAAAUGGUAUUUAUCGGAAUUAGUGAACAAUACGAUUUCAAUGCCAGUUCCGUCAUCAUACAAUGAUAUAACUCAAAAUAUUUCUUUAAAACGCCAUGUGGGUUGGGCAUGGUAUGAACGCUAUUUUUACGUGCAUCUUAGUUGGUUGUCAAGUACAGAUCGAAUUGUAUUGAGAUUUCAAGCAGCUCAUUAUUUUACUAUGGUGUGGAUUAACGGACAACAAGUUAUGACACAUGAGGGUGGCCAUUUGCCGUUUGAAUGUGAUAUUAGACCUUAUAUUGAGCAAGAAAAUGUACCUAUACGAUUAACAGUUGCAGUCAAUAACACACUAACACCCACUACUCUUCCUCCUGGUGAAUUAACAAUUAUUAGUUCGACUUAUCGCCUAUUACAGACACAUUUUGACUUUUUUAAUUACGCUGGAAUUGAUAGAUCGGUUCUUCUCUACACAACACCUGAAACGUACAUUGAUGAUGUGACAGUAGUUACUGCCAGUAUCAAUUUUAGCGGUGGUGUUGCUACAUCAGCAAUUUUAACCUAUUCGAUCGUUAUAACUGGUUCAGAUACUCAAAAAACACAUGUAAAAGUGGAUUUAGUCGAUGCUGAUGGUCGAAUUGUUGCGACAAACAAUAGUGGUUCAAUGGAAGGUACAUUGUAUGUUGAAAAUCCUCAGUUAUGGCAACCAUGUGGUAUGCCAAAUACUCAUUUAUGUUCAGAACAUUCUUAUCUUUAUACAUUGCAAGUAUCAUUGUCUGAAAAUGUAUCACCUUUAAUCGAUAUUUAUCGUUUACCACACGUCGGAAUACGAACUGUUACUGUAACAAGUUCAACAUUUUUAAUAAACAAUCAACCAUUUUAUUUUCAUGGUGCAAAUGCUCAUGAAGACAGUGACCUUCGAGGAAAAGGAUACAAUGAUGUUUUGUUAGUGAAAUUUCUUAAUUUAUAUCAAUGGUUACAUUCAAACUCUUUUCGAACAUCUCAUUAUCCUUAUUCAGAUCAAUUCUAUCAAAUAGCAAAUCAAUAUGGAAUUGUGAUUAUUGAUGAAACACCGGCUGUUGGUCUAAGUCAAAAAAAUUAUUUUUCACCUACAACUCUAGCUCAUCAUAAACAAGUAAUUGGUGAAAUGAUUCGACGAGAUAAAAAUCAUCCAAGUGUUGUUAUGUGGUCACUGGCAAAUGAACCAUCUUCAAAUUUACCCGAAUCUGAUUCAUAUUUUGAGACACUAGUUGCAUAUACCCGUUCAAUUCAACGGUCAUCGAUUCGACCCAUCACAUUUGUUAGUGAUCAACACUAUUCAAAUGAGAAAGCUGCUCAAUAUUUCGAUGUAAUUUGUAUUAACAAAUAUUUUAGUUGGUAUAGUGAAUAUGGACGAUUAGAUCGAAUAUCAGUAACACUAACUGCAGAAGUUCAAGGAUGGUGGGAUACAUUUAAAAAACCGGUAAUUAUUAGUGAAUAUGGAGCUGAUACUGUGACGGGUUUACAUGCCGAUCCGCCUGUAAUGUUUUCGGAAGAAUAUCAACAAGAAUUUCUUAAAGAAUAUCAUUUGGUUUUUGAUAUGUUUUCAUCUAUAAAAAAUACAACCAGUGGUUUUCUUGUGGGUGAAUUAAUUUGGAAUGCAUUUGAUUUCGAAACAGAACAGGGUAUAACAAGAGUGGGAGCAAAAAAUUAUAAAGGUAUAUUUACACGACAGCGUCAACCAAAAUCUGCAGCAUUUGUGUUGAGAAAACGGUAUGAAAAUAUGGAAAAUAAUGACUCACAAUCGUCUCUUUGUACCAUUUUUAAGUGA